AUGAACGAACGUUCACGGCGGCUUUCGACACGUUCUCUGCCCAGGCAGAAACGUGUCAGCUCAUGUGAUCAUGUCAGAUAUGUUGAUAGUGUAGAUGUUGGAUCGAACCUGAAUGCGGAUUGCGUGUCAGCUUCCAGUAGUGCGCAAAGCAUUCCGGAAUACAGCCGUGUUAGCUCGUUGACAUCACCAGUUGGCGAUUAUUCGGUCACAGUGAUGAUUGACAAAGGCUCUGUUCUACGACGAGCUGCUUGGUUCUUGGCCAGUCAUGAAAAAACGUCGUCGGAUCAAACGGAUGUCGAAAGGCCCCGUGGACUUGCUAGUGUUGGUCGGACCAUUCAACGGACAGGUUCGCAACUAAGAAAAACACGUCUCUUUCACCUCUUUUAUAUACUGGUUCUACCAAUAUAUACAGUUCUAGGAGCAUGGAUAUUCAAGACUCUUGACGGUGAGCACGACGAUAAGAAGAUGGAGGAGUUUAGAAAUAGUGUUUACACUACAAUAGGUUACGGGAAUAUGGCUGCCGACACGACUCAAUGUCGAGUGGCUACCAUUAUUUACGGGGCGUUUGGUAUACCGUUAUUUUUUGCGUUUGUAAAAGAAGAGGGUAAUCUUUUCCGAAAUGUGUUCAUUUCUAUUUAUAAUCGCAUUAUUGAAUGGCGACGGAAACAUUGUGGAUGCCAUUAUGGAGGAGCAGAAAACAACAAUGAAAACUUGUCUACAACUCCAGUCAGUAAGGAAAAUGGUACUGCCAAUAACAACAAUGUGGCCCAUAAGCCGCUCCUGGAUGAGGAUCUACAAACGAAGAAAGCUCGAUUCUCGCGUAAAUACAGCACUGCCUCUUUACUAGGGCAGAAGUCAUGGUUGGACGAACAGCGGCGGGUUUUCAUAGCAGGAGUUCUGUUCUUCGUUUUAUACAUCCUGUUGUCGUCGGUUCUGUUCUCCAUUUCGACUGAAUUUGACUAUUUCACUUCUGUAUACUUCCUCUUCAAUAGUGUAGCUCUUAUCGGGUUUGGCGACGUUUUCCCACGGGAACCGAGGACAAUACUCGUUAAUGCAGUAUUCAUUGUUUUUGGCGUAGUGUUGUUCUCGAUGUGCUACUUCAUUCUCCAAGAAGAGAUACGUAACAAAGCAUUCGAAGCCUCGCGAAAAGCUCGAAUCUCAAUCUCCAAAUACUCUCAUACCAUCUUACAGCAUGCCUCACGGGGUGCAUGGUCACGACGAAAUUCACCUUUGCUUGACGCUUCUCCGGAAAGUGCAUUUGAACGGUUGCGGAAGCGACGCCAGUCCGCGCCGGUGUUGACGCUUACCGUACCAACGGAAGGCUCUCGAGAAGCAUAG